UGUCAAAUAAACGGCACCAGUUUUACGUUUUACAACUUUGUUUACGUCCAGCGUCAGGAAGAAUCUGUCUUGUGCUGUGUACUAAAUUAAGUCGAAUUUUAUUAAUUGGUUCUAAAUGGAUUCAACAUACAAUUUCCUAGAUCACAAACUGAAGCCAUCGGUCGAUUGCGAUGCUGUUGACGAUGACUUCCAUCCUGUUAGCAAUCUCAUCGCAAGUGACCAAAGGACAUUAGAAGGAGGAUUUAUGGCGUACUCGGUAACGAAGCCUCCAGUUGAAAUAGUGUUCACACUGCACUGUCCAAUAGUGGUGCAUCGCUUGAAGCUGUGGGUCCACAUGGGAGCACUGAAGACAACUUCCAUAGAUGUCUACAUCCAGAACAAACGAGGAAGCUUCGAUAAAGUUGGAUGCGGCGAAUCGCAAUCUGCGGAGAUUUUCGAGUUCGUUAAUAACCGUAGGAUCUCAUCUGCCUCUGCGUUGCCAGAUUGCCGAACAAUGCAGUUUCCUUUAUUUCCAACUGUUGGAUAUUUGCUUGCCAAUUGUUCAAUCUUCAAACUGGUUCUAAAGAAGACUGCCCGGUGUGUCCCUGUCCUCCGGAAGGUAGAAUGUUGGGGCCAACCAGCUCGCAACUGCUCCGUAGAAUUGAAAGAAUCAAUCGAACGAAUGUGGUACAAAACCGAAGAGCCUACGGAGAACGUAAGUUCUCCUUCAAGUAUACCUCAAACCACCGUCACUGCCGAGAUACCAGAAGAACUGUUAGAUGAGCUAACGUGUGACAUCAUGACCAUUCCAAUGAUACUGCCCUCGGGUAAAACAGUGGACCAAUUGACAAUAGAAAAGCACAACCAGCAGGAAGAGAAGUGGGGUCGACAAGCUUCGGAUCCUUUCACCGGUCUCAUCUACACCCAUACUCGGAAGCCGAUAUUCAACCCCGCUCUGAAAUCCCGCAUAGAUCAGUUCCUCAUCAAACAUUCCCAUUUGACGCAGUUCCACCAACUGCCGCGUACCGUUGGCACCAAUUUGCGAACCGCCGCAAUCCAUCCCAACAUAAAUAUACCCACAAAACCGUCCCGAAAACGCAAACUGGAAGCCGACCCGCCUAAGUUAAACCUCUCCUGUAUCUCCUUGGAAAACGCGGUUCGGAAGGCUCUGGCGACCACCACCAGAUACACACUUGCAGUCGAUGCACAUAAGGAGGACACAUUCGAGAAUGCUUGUCAUAGCUGCAUGAAGAGUUUGGGCAAUUUUUACAAAAUUUCCACUUGUCAGCAUUUGAUCUGUCGGGACUGUUUGGAUGCACAAGCGCUAAGUCAGUCACAUUGCAAGUGCAGCUGCGGUGUUAGAUUUGAGAGAAAACUGGUGGAAAAGCAUCACGUUAGUUGAAUGAAGAAAUAAAUAAAUUAAAAAAAAAA